AUGGCCCAUCAGCAGGAAGACCAAAAUCAUGGACAAGUGAGCACCAGUCCUUCUGUUACCCCUGCCGAAACCGAUAACGGAACACCAGCAGAUAAGCUUGACAAGAAGGAAUCAAGCUCCUCGUCUUCCAAUUCAUCAGAAAACUUAGACGAGGAUGAUUUUUUUCAGAUAGAGGGUCCAACACUAGGCAGCACAUUAUCGUUUGCUGAUAAUGCAGCAAUCUCAGAUAUUAGAAAACAGAGCAGUUCCUCUUCGCAUCCUUCAAGUCAUGCCCCCACUGACCCAAAGCAGUCACCACCAGUCCAGGCCAUAUCUAGGGCACCGGAUGAGUGUCCAGACCCCAAAAGGAUCCCGUCAUCUGUUUUCCGGAGGUCAAAAUCGAAAUCACCAACAGACUGGAGUGUGACAUCAAAUGAAUCUCUCUUUAGCAUCAAUGCCGGGAAUGCGAGCUUCUCAAAGGAUCAUUUCUUCUUGUAUGGCAAAUCAGGUGAACUGGGCAACCCUAAUGACCCAUUGGCGCCACUGCCGCCGUUGCCAAGGCUGAGCCCUAGCUCUAGCCCAAUGAGAAGUGAGGUGGCAACUGUACAGGCCGAUGCUAAAGUGAAGCCUGCUACCAGGGUUGGGGGCGAUGGCGAUGACAAUACUGAUUAUAACAAUAGCUUGUCCCACCGGUCUGAUGCUAGCACAACAAGCUUCGCGUUCCCAAUAUUGGCAGGUGAAGUGAGGUCUAGUGAAUCCCUGAAAGACGACCCUCCUGAGCUUGCCCGGCAAAGCACAUCGCAGCUAUCACAGCAGGCAGAGCCUCUUGUUGACCAGGAAGCACCGACAGUUGAAGACAAGGCACUGGAAGCUGAGCAAGCCCCGGCCCAGGCCCCAACACCGGCACCUAGACCAGAAUCAACACCACAACCACCAGCCGCGACAAAAUGGUUUCCUCGCUGUUCAUGCUGUCCAUUCUGUUGCUGA